AUGAGGCUGAAUGAGGGCCGGACCAGAUCCUUCCAGGCUCCUGUCACCGUUCACAGCUACCCAGGCAGGCAGGUCUAUGUAUUCCCCAAUGGCCGAUCCGACUCCGAGGAGUCGGAGGAGGAGGAGCUCAACGUGAUGGAACUGCGGCCGCGGGGCAGGGAGCAGCAGCGAGGCAGCACUGCCCGGGACAGGCUGGGAGAGGUGGUGCUGCUGGAGCGGGAGCUCACGGAGGAUGAUAACCUGAACAAGCUCGCCCUGCAGUAUGGCUGCAAAGUCGCAGAUAUCAAACGUGUCAACAACUUCAUCCGUGAGCAGGACCUGUACGCGCUCAAGUCCAUCAAGAUCCCGGUGCGGCCG